CUAAGUAUUAAUGCUGCAGGGCUCGUCUCUUCACUCCCGCUCUGUCCCACCACAGCCUGUCUGCUCCUUGCUCACGGGGCUUGUCUGCACAGUUCUUCCCGUGGCAGGCACUGCGAGACCUUGCCAGGCCCUGCUCUCUCUUUCAGACGAGUGUGGACGUGCGCCAUGGAAACACCUCUGGAAAAGGCCUUGGCAACCCUAGUCUGCAUCUUCCACAAGUACUCAGGGAAGGAAGGUGACAAGAUGACCCUGAGCAAGGGGGAACUGAAGGAGCUAGUGAAGAAUGAGCUGGGCCUGGGGGAGAGGAUGAAGGAGGGCGGCAUUGAGCAGCUCAUGAAAAGCCUAGACCGGAACAGCGACCAGGAAAUCGACUUCAAGGAAUACUCGGUUUUCCUGUCCACCUUGUGUAUGGCCUACAACGACUUUUUCCGGGGACACGGCAAGUAGCUGGAGGGCAGUGGGGGCUGAGACCGGGCCCCAGAGCCCCUGGCUCUGGACACUGUCUGGCUGCUUUCAAUAAAAAGCGUUUUGUUCACAGUUCUCCCAGUGUUAUGUGUUUCCUGCUGUCCAGCUGUCCUUCUAUCCACCCUGCUGUGCCAUCUGUCCAGGCUAGAAUAUCUCG